AUGCUCUUUGAAUACCAACCAACAACAUCUGCUCUGACUCAAAUAUCACAGUUAAUCACAACCUCUAAUCACAUUGCUACGUGUUCUUCAUUUUUUUCUCAGCAAAUCACUGUUUCGUCUCUAUCAAAUAGUGACUCUUCUCAAGAAUCAUUAUCCAGGUUGAGAGCUGACCAGUUAACAUUCACCGAAACCAAGUUUUUUAAUCAAAAGACAAUGUUAUCCCAACAACUUGCUGACAAAAAUUCUGCAAUUCUUGUACUUCAAAAUGACAUACUGGUUUUACAGGAAAAGUUAGAAGAAAUUCAGCAAAACACCAACUUACAGACUGCUGAGAUAGCGUUUACAACGAAAGAUCUGACACUUGGUUUUGAUGCAACAACCCAGGAGGGUGUUCAUGUAAAUGCUGUGCACUUAAAAAUCGAAUCAGUAUGUAUGGUUGUAGCUAUUGAUCAACUUCCUGGAGGUACAGCUUAUGACUAUCAGAGUCAUAUUACAAAAUCUGUUGAUAAUCUUGCUAAGUUAUGUAGUGACUUCUACAAGCUUAAAUACACUGAAGUAAGAAGCACUAUUAUCGGGAACAUAACAAUUACCAUGAGUGAUAGAGUUGCAACAAACCAUGCAACAGUCACAAAGUUAAACCUAGUUUGGCAGAAACCAUUUAAUGAACUUAACUGUCACCUUCACCCCUUGGACACAAUGACAAGCUCUUGCAAGUCUUCACUUAAAGCAUUAGAGACUUCAAAAGGGAAACUUUUUGGAAGAGACUGCAUAGCAGCAAACAUUGUUGUACAGCUGAACAAACUUCGUUACAAGGAUGCUAAAGGCGAUCCAAAGGGUUUUGUAACCUUUUUGGACCAACAUGAGUUGCCCAGAGGAUUGCUACUACGCUAUGGAGGGAACAGACUACAUAUACUUUUUCACACAUGUGGUAUUUUGAUCCAUCAUUAUGCCAUAUUGAAGAUAUUUCUGUGUUCUGGCUUGGCGUUAUGUGGAGGUCUGCAAAAUAGUUUGUUUCAAGACUUUACAUCUGAAAUAGGUAUCCGUGAGUUGUGUGUUUUAGCUUUAAUUGGAAAGCUACUUUCUGGCCCUUGGAUAACAAAAUUUUAUAUUGCACCAGGUACAGGACUUGACUACAUAUCUGGCAUUCAGGUAGUAAAAGAUGUUAGGAACACUCUAAUUGAGAGCAGCAAGAAUCCCUUAUCUCUACUUAAACGAAAAACUGAUUUCUUUGGUAAUGAUAUUAAAGAUGUUGUUUUUGAUUCAAUAAUCAGCUUUUGCCCAGUAACUAAUGAAAUGAGUAAAGCAUAA